UAAUUCAUUACAUUUUUGUUAAAUUAUUGCCACGCCCUCAAACAACUUCACACUUGUUGCCAAUUAAUGUACGUGCUUUCUGAGACAUCAGUGUUGUUGAGAGUGGGAAAGUUUUCUUUCCUCUUUUUCUGUAAAUGAUUGUUUAUACUCAUGGACCAUAAGGAACAUGGAUGAGGAUGCAGCCCUCGAAGAUUUCUUUGAUCAAACUAUCGGUUCAUCUGAUUACAUCUUUGAGGAGGAUCUAGGUCUACAGGGUCCAGCUCCAGAGCUCCAGGAUUCCUCUUACCUCUCCUCUAUAAACUCUCAGGGCAAGGAUCUCACGGAAGACUUGGAUCUGAGUUUUUUACCUGAUGAGUUGAGCGUUCAAGAUGAGCCGUCGCGGGCCGAAGAUCUCAGCAGGAAUGAAGACAGCGGCAUUUUCUGUCCGCCGACCGAAUCCACGGAGGCGGAUACAGGCAGCAGCAAUGCUGUCCAAAACACAUCUCAGUUCUGCAGUCUCCCAAUGACUCCCAUGACCCCUAUGACCCCCAUGACCCCAGUGGCGGAAAGUUCAGGCAUCAUCCCACAAUUACAGAAUAUUGUGUCAACCGUGAACCUUGCUUGUCCUCUGGACCUCAAAUCCAUUGCACUUCAGGCGCGUAAUGCCGAAUACAAUCCAAAGCGUUUUGCUGCAGUUAUAAUGAGGAUUCGGGACCCGAGAACCACUGCUCUCAUUUUCAGCUCUGGAAAAAUGGUCUGCACCGGGGCCAAGAGUGAAGAGCAAUCUCGCCUCGCUGCACGGAAAUACGCCCGGGUCGUACAGAAGCUUGGCUUUCCUGCCAAAUUCCUAGACUUCAAAAUCCAAAACAUGGUUGGAAGUUGUGACGUCUGCUUUCCUAUACGCUUGGAGGGCCUGGUCCUCACUCACCAGCAGUUCAGCAGCUAUGAGCCAGAGUUGUUUCCUGGUUUGAUAUAUCGCAUGGUGAAGCCGCGUAUUGUUUUGCUGAUUUUUGUGUCUGGAAAGGUCGUGCUCACAGGUGCGAAGGAGAGAUCAGAGAUCUAUGAAGCUUUUGAAAAUAUCUACCCCAUACUGAAAGGAUUCAGGAAACAGUAGAAAUCAUGCACUUACUGUACACGUGAUUCAUAGGAAUACCUGACUUUUGUUGUUACACAUGGUUUAACGUCUUUAUGAUUAUCGGAGAUGGAUGCUGGAAUAACAGGAGGCCACAAGAGUAAAUAUAUUUUGUUAAAAUAUU